AUGCUUUUGGUUUGGCCUCUCUGUUUCUCUUUGGCUGGAGCUGUUCUCUUCGGUAAAUGUUUUGGAAGGAAUUGCUCAGUGGAAAACAGGUUGUUAUGCCUGUGGGAAGCCCACAACCAUGCGAAGCAGCACUCCUUGAGCCUUGGCUGGGUGAUGCCGCCUACGGUUCCAGCUCCUACAACGACUAUCAUUGCUGGUUUGACGUGGAAGUGGCCUGUGACGGGGAUUGUAAAAUUGAAUUUCGACGCUUUUUUCAAACCAGAUGCUGAUGCGGGUUUAGGGAUGGUUGUUCGGGAUGAGGAUGGAAUGGUGCUUGCUACAACAACGACCUUUCCUGUGAUGGUUUCUUCAUCAGUUCUAGCUGAGGCUUUGGCGUUGCGGUGGUCUAUGUUGCUUGCAAUUGAUUUGGUUUCCGGGCUAUUUGUUUUGAAACUGAUAGCCUCAACAUGCUCAACGUAUAUUAAGGGUAAGGAGGAGAUUAGAAGAGUGUUAAGGGGGUGUUUUCGUCAAACACUCUCUUCUCCUACGUCGGAAGAAUCAGCGACGGCGUCUCCUGAUCCGUCGCAACAACCACCGCAAGAUCCUCUUUCGCUGGAGCAACCACUGUCUGAGACUUCUGAUGAUCCGCCGCAGCAACCACCACCGCUAGAUCCUCUUCAGUCGGAACAAUCACUGUCAGAGUCUCCAGGGCCGUCGCAACAACCAACAUCGCAAGCACUGAAUGAGAAUGCUGGUUCAUCGCAACAACCACCGGCAGAAUCUUCUCAGUUGGAACGCUCACCACCAGAGUCCCGUCGGCCGGAGCAUCAGGAAACAGAGUCUCAUUCGCCGGAGCAACAACGACGACAGUCUCCUCCCCUGAGACUACGAGCGUCCACCUCUCAUCUGCUGCAAGGUUCAAGUUCAACACCGGGCCCGUUGACAGUGUCUCUUCCCCCGGGACGACGAGCGUCCGCCUUCCGCCCGCUGCAAGGUUCAAGUUCAACAUCGGGUCCGUCGUCAGAGUCUCCUCGCCGGGGACGAGCAGCGUCCAGCUCUGGUAAGCCACAACAAAAACCACCGCCGGGGCAGGGCCCUCGUCAGCCACAACAAGAACAACAGCAGUGGCCAGUCCGCCGUGUACCACCACGAGAUCCACCACCUCCAGCUGGUGGUUAUUGUCCGGAGCAAGCGAGUUCUGGCCGUUGGGGUUAUCGGCGGACUACUCUACCUCGCACUCAAAUUGAAAAAUCCACAUAUGUGAUCAUUCUGUGCACCUGGUUUACUCUAGAUAUGGCAUUGAAGUUGAAGAAGUGUGCUACUACUGAUGUGAAGUUGAAAUAAAACACAAGUUUGUUUGAUGAAUUCUUUCUUUCUUUUGUAGAUACAUUCAUGAAUUGAAUUUUAGUUACUGCUCUGUUUUCCAGAUACAUCUUUUAGUUUUUCUUGCUUUGUAUGAGAAGGCUGUGUAAUGUGUAGUGUAAGCUUUAGCAGCCUAGGACAUGGUUCUGGUCCAUAUUCAUCUUGCUUUUCAGCCCUGAACUUGAUGUACAUAUAGCUGAAAUAAUCAUCCAGUUUCAUUGA